AUGCGCUCCAGCAUCGCCUGUGCCCGGUGCCGGCGCAGUAAAAUCAAAUGUGUCAACUCCGGCAUCGAUACCACCUGCCGCGCAUGUGAAUCCUCAGGUCGAGACUGUGUCUAUCCUACCCCGGCCAUUGGAGUGACUGGCAAACGGGACCUGGCCAGUUUGGCAGAAGGGGACGACCGCAAUGGCGAUUGGGAUGGCCCCAAGCGCUCACGCCCCCGCAAAUCCAUCGGCAUGGCCCCCUCGCCGGGAGCCCGGGCGGGCAUGGAUGCCCUCGAUGCAUCGCUUUUGACGCCCAAGGUCUGGGAAGCCGUCUUCGAUCUGUUCCAAUCCCAUUUCGUAACCCUCCUUCCCUUUCUUCACCCUGCCACCUUUCUCAGCCAAACGCGAAUAUUGUCUUCACCUCUCGCCGCACCCAUCCCAUCCUUCGAUACCCAGGAGACGAUGCAGAACCUGUCCCUCAAGACAGAUCCAACGACCUCAUUGAUCCCCUUGGGAGUCUUGGCGCUCACUGCGCGGUUUCACCCUCCUCUCGUAGCGUUUCAUUCUCCAUCCGCCCCUGGCACCCCAUCCAAUCCGUUGGCUGCCUCGGAGUACUAUGCGACGGCUCUGCGCAGCCGGCUGGCCGGCCUGGAAGGCGCCAGCAUGGCUUCUGCAGAUCUCACCCGGGUACAAGCGCUACUGAUGCUCGCCCUGCACGAGUGGGGGAUGUGUCGGGGCAAGAGUGCCUGGGUAUAUGUCGGCAUGGCCAUCCGACUCGCCCAGGCCAUGGGGCUUCCCUUUGAACUGGAGAACGAAUUCCCACUGCCCGACGUCUCGCGCUCCUCACCCGGCUUCAAGACCGAGGCCGACCACUUUGGCCUGUCGCGACGACUGGAACUCAAAGAGCCCACCUCGGACGACAUUAUCGCCCUGGAGACGAAGCGUCGAACAUUUUGGGCGUGCUUCUUGUUGGAUCGCUGUCUGAGCAGUGGCAAGUAUCGUCCCCGCAUGAUUCGAGUCAAGGAACUCGAUAUUCAGCUCCCCAGUGAUAAUGCCUUUGCCUUUGGUGAACGUGUACGCACCUCUCGGUUAACCGAUGUCGGGGCCCGACGCCCACCAAGCUUCGGCUCCCAGGGGAUGCAGAUCCCCAGCAUCCGGCAGAGUAUCGGUGGAUUUGGCGAGGAAAAACUGCAGGCAGCCAACGGCGUCGCCGACAGCAAGGCAUGGUCACCGGUCUCGCGACGGAAGGACUCCACUGAAGAAGAUGUCGAUCGAUGGGAGAUCGGCGCCGAGGAGUCCGUUUUGAGUCGGGUGAUCCGCGUCAUUCGCAUCUGGGGAAGCAUUGCCAAAUGGUCGUGCGCCGGAGGCCGACGGACGGAGCAGUAUCCGCCCUGGCACCCCGAGUCCCAAUUCGCCGCGCUGCGCAUGCGGUUGACAGGCUUCCGCGACAGCCUCUCCCGUAAUCUGCAGUACUCUCUUCGAAACACCGAUACCCACCUCAUGUACAAGACCACGCUGGCGUCGUACACUGUCAUGCACGUGGUUUACUUCUUGUCUGUCAUCGUCUUGCAUCGUGCAUAUAUUCCGUUCUUACCCAUCCGGUGCAAUGAACCCGUCGGUCCCUUGGAUGAGCCGCUGCUCCCCUCGGACAAAGUGAAUGGUCCUCCUGAGGGAUUCUGGCGUGAUAGUGCGCGAGAGCUCUUCAAGGCUGCUCGUCAGAUCAUCGAUCUGGUCGUGACCUGCCAGGCCCGGGGUGCUCUCGUGGAGAACCCUUUGGUGGGCUUUGCCAUCUACAACGCCGCCUUCAUUGGUGUCUACGCCUCGCACUUCCCGCACAUGGAUCCUGAGAGUCUGAUGGGGGUUCGAUCCCCACCCGCGAGCCACGACAGCCACCAGCUUGGCGCGGCGCAAGCCCGCAAAGCGCUCGAUAUCUUGCGAGAGAUGCGACCCCGCCUGAAGAUGGCUCACAGCUGGUUCCGAACGCUGAACCGUCUUCACAGCUACUUCUCCAAGGUGAAGCGAGACUUCCGCCGGUAUUCGCGUAACCGCUUGGACAGCAUCUCCGACAUGUCUGAUCAUGCUGCCUCCAACGGCGCACGGCCUCUGCGUGAAGGUGGACUUGGUGGUGGCCUGGAAGAGUUCAAGCUUCUGGAAAAGUUGUUCCUGGACUUUGGCACGAUUGAAGACCAACUUCCCGAUUCCCUGGAGGAUGACACGGGUACCGCGAUCGCGAUCAACGGCGAGCCCAUGCCAGAUCGUAUGAUGAACUUGAGCGAUGCUGGAAGCAAUGCGGUCAAGAGUGACCUUGACGGCAGUGAGAUCUACGACGGCGCAGGCGGUCGUCGCGAAUCCUGGGUCCCGAUCAACAGUCCUGGCCUGCCACCGCCACCCGGCCGUGAGAUGGACCGCCGCCCCAGUCUUCCAUUGCCCAGUACUCGACCGAUGCCCUCACAAUCUCCUUAUUCGCUGCCGUCUCUUCAACCGCAUCAUCCAGAAGCCGCAGCGAUGUACACUUCUUCACCUCCCAGCUUACCCAGCAUCGCCACCACCACUCAAUCUCCCUCGCAGUACCUCACGGCCACCUCCAACCGAUUACAGCCCAUCAACUCGUGGUUGCCGUCUCGUCCUUCAGUACCUCCCCCUCCCUAUUCCUCUUCAUUGCCCCCUAUCAACGCUCCCGCCCCGAACGGCCUCUCUGUGCUUCCACUUCCCGGCACUGUCACUCAGCUGGCGCCUUCACCACCACUCACUUCCACCGAUGGACCUGAUACCAGUCUACUAUUGACGACCAGUCUUGGAGGUGACGACGUCCUGGCAUUCUUAGAUGGAUGCGACACGUCCCACUUAUCCCAGACUGGUCCAUCCGAGAUUGGCAUCCCGACCGGAUGGCUCAGCACCGUUUGGGCUCAACUGACAAGAUAA